AUGUACUCAUUGUCUUCAGAAGAAUAUGAAAAGUACAAGGGACCAUUAUUUCGACAUUUCAUUGGCUCGGAUGAACCUAGCACGAGUUUGUGAUCAGUCGGUCAAACCAUGGAACAUUUCGACGCAAGUCGCGUAAAAUAUGACGAUCUCGGUAUUCCGCAGGAUCUUGGCAAACAGAAUUUUGUCAGAAUCCAAAGGGAGCCUCAAGAUACUCCAGCUCAUUUGGAUCACAUUCCUCAAUGGGUCGUACGGCAUUUCGAGUACGCGACAAGACUUUCAAUGGAUUUCGCCAACAAUUUGAAGUUCAAAAAGAUGAAAGAUUUGCGAAAACUGCAAAAAGAGCUUCCAAUUGCGGAGAGGAGUGAGGAAAUCGUCGAGCUCCUCAAAACCAAUCAAGUGCUCAUUGUGGCUGGCGACACCGGUUGCGGAAAAAGUACCCAAGUUCCGCAGUAUCUACUCAAAGCUGGAUAUACUGGAAUCGCGUGUACGCAACCGCGAAGAAUCGCUUGUACUGCAUUGGCGAGACGAGUUGCCUAUGAGACGCUGAAUCAGUAUGGAAGUGAGGUGGCCUUCCAAAUUAGAUUUGAAACCACUAAAUCGAAACGGACCAAGCUCCUAUUUCUCACUGAAGGCCUUCUUCUUCGACAGAUGGAGCAGAACUCACUUCUCGAUCAAUACAAUGUCAUAAUACUUGACGAGGUUCAUGAGCGCCAUCUUACGUCAGAUCUGCUAAUCGGGCUUCUUCGCGAUCUUGUGGCCAAACGGGAUGAUCUGAAGUUGAUUUUAAUGUCGGCCACAAUCAAUUUGGAUCUUUUCACUGGCUAUUUCGAAGGAGCGCCAGUGAUUCAAGUGCCUGGAAGGCUGUACCCAAUCGAGGUCAAAUGGCAUCCUAUAAAGCAAUUUGUGGAAGAGUCGUCGAAAAAGAGCCACAAAAUUGAUCCAGAGCCUUAUCAGAGGAUUCUAGAGCUAAUCGAUAAACAAUUUCCGUCGACUCAGCGCGGAGACGCACUUAUCUUCUUAAACGGAGUUGCUGAAAUCUCGACAGUCGCUGAUGCGCUGAAAAAUUAUGCGGAACUCACGAAAGGAUGGAUUAUCCUUAUGCUUCAUAGUACACUUUCCGUUGAGGAGCAGGACAAGGUUUUCGACGUUGCUCCGAAUGGUGUCCGAAAGUGUAUUCUUUCGACAAACGUCGCCGAGACAUCGGUUACGAUUGAUGGUAUUCGAUUCGUCAUCGAUAGUGGAAAAGUGAACUUGAUCAAACACGAGCCGGGCACCGGCACUCAGAAGCUUACCGAAUUCUGGGUCUCGAAAGCAUCGGCUAAUCAGCGUAAAGGUCGAGCCGGACGAACUGGGCCGGGUAUUUGCUAUCGUCUUUAUUCUCAGGAGCAAUAUGAGAAAAUGGACGAUUUCACACUAUCGGAGAUCAAUAGGGUCUCACUACAGGAAAUGGCGUUGAGGAUGAUCAGCUUGAAUCUUGGACUGGAUCCUCGAACGUUCCCAUUCAUUGAGAAGCCGUCGGAAGAAGUUCUCAACGAGGGUUUGGAGACACUCAAAUUCCAGCGAAUUUUGCGAGCCGAUCGUGAGAAUCUGUCGCUUACCGCUCUUGGUAGUACGGUAGCGAAGUUGCCUGUCGACGUGCCGAUUGCCAAAAUGCUUGUCUAUGGAUGCGUUGUCGAUGAGCUCGAGGUGAUGCUGACAGUGGCCGCUGGAUUGUCUGUUCAGAGUCCGUUCACGAAUCGAUCCUACCGUGAAUUGGAUAUUGUUGAGAAGAGGGCGGCGCUGACGAGCCCGCUCGGCGAUCCGUUCACAUUGAUCGCGAUUUUUCGCGAAUGGGUCCUUCAGAAGGCGUUCGGCGGCUCGUCACGACGAUGGACGAUGGAAAAUGGAAUCGACGAGCAUCGAAUGUACGAGAUAAGCAAACUUCGAAGUCAAUAUCGUCAAAUUCUGGAAGACGCCGGACUUGUUGAGAAGGCGUCGGCGUCGGAAACCGGAGCUGAUGAUUCAAGGCAGAGGAGGAUCGAUCAGGGCGAGAGGAAGAAGCUGCUCGAUAUGAAGAAAGCGCAGAGGAAUGUCGAUAAGCAGAGGAAGGUGCUCAACGCGAAUAAGCAUUUUGAUACGAUUCUGAUGGAGAAGGAAGAAGAGGAUUUGGAAGCUGAGCAGGAUCCAUUGAAAGCUGACGUGAAGACGGUUGAAUUCCUUUUGAGUCAUAAGGAAAGAGAUGUGGAGACGAUCAGAAAAACUCACAAAUUGUCGAGAAAAAGCGCAGAAGUAAUUCGUGUAAUUAUUGCUGUUGGAUUGUAUCCCAACUUCUCAAUUCUUGACAAUGUCAACAAAUAUGGAUAUGGUCAGGAGAUGUUCGUUCACACUCGAUUGAAGCCGUUCACCCAGAUUCAUCCGAAUUCGUCGAUUGCGCAAUAUCACGCGGAAAGCAUCGAUCCUCGACAGAAUUCUGAAGGUUUUUCGCAAUUCCAUCAGAUUCCCUUCUAUGGAUUGCUUCUGGAGACGACGAAACCCUAUAUUUGUAAUGUGAUGCCGACGCCAGCGCUUUAUAGCUUAUUGGUGGCUCAGAAGAUUGUUAUUGAAGAUUGGGAGAAUCUUGCCAUCGAUGAUUUUCUGGAAAUCCGAUUUCGAAAGUCGGAAGAUUGCCGAUCGGUGAUACUCGAUGCAAAAGAGAUUCGCUAUGAGCUCACAAAAGGUCUCGCCGCGAAAUUGACGGGCCAAGAAUUUAGUAGUCGCCGACUUCUGAAGUAUAUUGAUCUGAUGAAUCAAUCGAUUGUCGAGAAGGGAAUCGAAGUGUCAUUGAAGCGAAGAAUCGAUCCUCCCAAGGUUCUCGUUGGAUGCGGAAUUCAUUCACCGGAUGGAGCUAUUGAUAAGGAGGAAGACGUUGAUGAGCUGAUUGGGAAGUACGAUGAAGAUGAGCAGCGAAGGGAGCGGGAAGCUGAGGAAGAGGAAGAGGAUCGGAAAAUAAUCGAAGAAUUGAGUGCUGAUUCAAUGUGUCCACCGACUAGAGAGAUGGUUGAAUUCGCCGAAGAGAAGGAGAAGAAGCUCGCCGAGCCGCCGAAACAAUCAUAUUAUGAGAAAUUGUUGAAGCGACAACAAGCGAAGGAGGCAGAAGGCGCGAGCGGCAGCGAGAAACGGGUCAAAAUUGAAAUUGACGAAUAA